GCGUAGAGCAAAAAUAUUUCGAAUGCCCUCCUAAGUUGCCCGGACUUAACGGCGUGUCUAGUCGGAGACGGAGGCCAAAGAAUCGCGACGCGCGACACAGCCAGGGCGCCAACCCUGCAAACCUCCUCACCAACACUACUGACCCUAUUGAUCAGCUUGCUAUUUAUCUUGAUUUGUUCAAGGAGUGGUUAAGGUGUUUGGAUUGAGGGUUAACGGUCUACUCAGUGGCUUUGCAUUAUAGCUGUGGUGAUCUAUUUUCUGGUCUUGGAGGUUUAUAAUCAAUUUAUUGGGGGUUCCUGACUCUGGCCGCUCACCAUGCCUCGGUAUUACUGCGAUUAUUGUGACACCUACCUAACACACGAUUCUCCUUCUGUUAGAAAGCAGCACAAUGCAGGCUACAAGCAUAAGGCAAAUGUGCGUUCCUAUUAUCAGCAAUUUGAAGAGCAACAAACGCAAAGUUUGAUUGAUCAGAGAGUCAAGGAGCAUCUUGGGCAGACUGCGGCAUACCAGCAAGUUGGUGCAGCAUACAACCAACAUCUUGCUUCUUUUCAAGGUCCUAGGCCCCGGCUCCCAAUUCUACCAACGCCUGUUAUGCCGAUGACAGGAACUGCACCUCCGAAUGCACCAUUGGUCCCAGGGAUCAGACCUCCUGUUUUGCCAAGGCCUAUUUCUGGUGCCCCAGGUUAUGGAGCUCCUCCAUCAAUGAUGGGGCCACCUAGCUCAACUUCCUUACCGAUGCAAAUGAAUGGUCUGCCGAGGCCUCCAAUGGCGAAUCCCCCAGCACCUGGGAGCACGGUGGCACCCACUACUAAUGGUGCCCCUUCUAUGACUUCACCAACUAUGUAUCAAGCCAAUCCAACAGCCCCAACGAGUGGAGGUUUUGAUAGUUUCAACAUGAAUGCUGCUUCCAAUUUGCCGAGAACAGCUCCCAGUGGAACUACUGCUCCUUCAACAGCCCCUACUGCUUCACAGGAUGGAUUUACUUACUCUCAAGCAUCUGAGGCCAGUCAUUAGUCAAAUGGUUAUGUAUGUUUUUCAUUCCUUCUGCUUUAUGUUUAGAGGGACUAAAUUGUAACGAUGAAUCAGGGUACAUACAAAAUAACAAAUAUUCUUUGUUGUUGUUUUUUUUUUUUUAAUAACAUUUGCAAAUUUAAAAAUUUUAUUAAUUUUGUGAGUGUUGUUUGAUA